AUGCGAAUUUCACCGACUCUGCGUCGCCUGACCGGUGGCGUUCUUCUCGUAUCAUUAUUAUUCGAGUCAGCAACAGCAGCGACCACGGAACAAUGGAAGACCAGAACCGUCUACCAGACGAUGACUGAUCGCUUCGCUCGCACCGACGGCUCAAUCACGGCGCCUUGCAAUGCUUCCGCGGGUCUAUAUUGUGGAGGAUCGUGGCAGGGAACGAUUGACAAGCUUGACUACAUCCAGGACAUGGGGUUCGAUGCGGUGAUGAUCUCCCCCAUCAUCGAAAAUGUCGAAGGUCGCGUCUCAUACGGAGAAGCCUACCAUGGGUAUUGGCCACUGGACCUUUAUUCCCUUAACUCGCACUUUGGGUCUAAGCAGGAUUUGCUGGACUUGAGCAAAGCGGUACACGACCGUGGCAUGUACUUAAUGAUGGACACGGUUAUCAACAACAUGGCCUACAUAACGAACUACAGCAACCCUGCUACGAGCAUUGACUACUCGGUCUUCACGCCAUUCAAUAAUGAGGACUAUUUCCAUCCUUACUGUCUCAUUACGAAUUGGAACAACUUUACCGACGCGCAACUUUGCCAGACUGGUGACAACCAGACCGCCCUGCCUGACCUAUACACUGAGCAUGCCGAUGUCCAAAAUCUGCUUCUUAAUUGGACACGCAACACAAUGAGCGAAUAUUCCAUUGAUGGACUCCGAAUCGAUGCUGCGAAGAGUGUCACUCCUUCUUUCUUGCGAAAAUACUCCGACGAGAUUGGUGCGUUCAUGACUGGUGAAGUCAUGCAACGAGAAGCGGAUAUCAUCUGUGAUUAUCAGACCAACUACAUGGGCAGUCUUCCUAACUACCCUAUCUACUAUUCCAUGCUGGAUGCUUUCACGGCGAGCAAGGUUUCCGAGCUGGUCGACUCAGUGCAAUCAAUGAAGCAAUUAUGCCCUGAUGUCAACGCGCUUGUAUCCUUCUCCGAAAAUCACGAUGUGGAGCGAUUCGCUAGCUUCACGGAUGACAUGUCGCUCGCCAAGAACGUCGUGACCUGGACCCUCCUGUUUGAUGGCGUUCCCUUCAUCUACCAAGGCCAAGAACAACAUUUCAAGGGAGCUUCCACUCCCCUAAACCGCGCGGCCCUCUGGACAUCCGGGUACGAUAACAGCAGUACGCUUGUUCCUCUAAUCACCACGCUCAACAAGAUCCGCAAGCACGCCCAACGGAUGGAUAGUAGCUACGUUAACACCGCGAGUUACAACAUCUACGAAGGAGGCAGUGAACUUGCAUUCACAAAGGGUGUUGAGGGAAGACAAGUCAUCAUGCUCCUUUCUACCCAAGGCGUGAACGGAUCUCCAUACACCCUCACUUUGCCGGUCACAUAUAAUGCUGGUACGAAUGUGACAGAGGUCUUGAGCUGCAAGACCUACAUGGUUAAUGAAUGGGACGCUUCUUUGGUUGUCGAUAUGGCAUCUGGAUUGCCGCGGGUGUUCUUCCCUACCAAUCUCAUGUCGGGUAGUGGAAUCUGCGGUUACUCUUCGGCGAAUCUUUCUUACACCCAAGUCAAGACUGGGGUAACUUCGCUUGGGAGCAGGACCCAACAAGUUACCGGUCAAGCGGCCCUAGGUGCUUUCUUCCUGGCUUUGAUGACCCUUGUGUUUUGA